AUGCCUGUCGCUGCCGGGUUCCUUCUAAAACCAGGUGACUGGUUAGGCCCUGUGCCUGCCGCCGCCCGGUGCCGGCCGCCACCUGCUGACUGCCAAAGCGCCGUGCCUGCCACCGCGCAGUGCCUGCCGCCACCUGGUGCCUGCCGCUGCCCAGUGCCUGUCGCUGCCUGGUGCCUCCUACCACCCGGUGCCUCGCGCUGCCCCGUGCUCUCCACCGCCCCGUGCCUGCCGCCGCCCGGUGUCUGCCGCCAACUGGUGACUGCCACUGCCCAGUGCGUGUCACUGCCUGGUGCCGGCAACCACCAGGAGCCUGGCGCUACCCCAUGCCUGCCGCUGCCCGGUGCCUGCCGCCACUUGGUGCCUCCCGCAGCCCAGUGCCUGCCAUUGCCCAGUGCCCGCCGCCGCACAGUGCCAGCCACCACCCCGUGCCUGCCGCCACCUGGGACCUGCGCUGCCCAGUGCCUGUCUCUGCCUGGUGCCUGCUACCACCCGCUGGUGCCUGCCGCUGCCCAGUGCCUGUCGCUGCCUGGUGCAUGCUACCAUCCGGUGCCUCGUGUCUGCCGCCACCUGGGACAUGCCACCGCCCAGUGCCUGUCGCAGCCUGGUGCCCGCUACCACCUGGUGCCUAGCGAGGCCCCGUGCCUGCCGCAGCCCAGUGCCUGCCACUGCCCAGAGCCUGACGCCGCCCAGUGCCUGAUACGCACAGUGCCUUCCGCAACCUGGUGCCUGCCGCUGCCCAGUGCCAGCCACCACCCAGUGCCUGCCACCGCCCAGUGCCUUCGACCAAACUGUGCUUGCCGCCACCUGCUGCCUGCCGCAGCCCAGUGCCUGUCGCUGCCUGUUGCCUGCUACCAACUAGUUCCUGGCGCUGCCCCAUGCCUGCCGAUGCCAGGUGCCUGUCGCCACCUGGUGCCUGCAAACUGCGCAGUGCCUGUCACUGCAUGGUGCCUACUACCACCCGGUUCCUGGCACUGCCCCGUGCCUGCUGCAGCCUGGUUCCUGCUGCCACCCAGUGACUGCUGCUGCCCAGUGCCUGCCACUGCCCAGUGCCUGCCACCACCUGGUGCCUGCUGCUGUCCAGUGGAUGUCGCUGCCUAG